UCCUUCCGAUUCCGAACUUAUUGCGAGGAGAGAGAGAGAGAAUUGUUUCGCCAAGGUGGUUGCUUCCGGAGAAGGUUCUCUGUGAUUUUUUCAAUCAAUAGAAAAUUAUAUAGGAAUCGUAGAAGAAGAAGGAAGAAAGGGGGUUUUUUUUUUUUUUUUAAAAAAAGAAGAAGGAAUAGUUCAGGUUUCGUGGGGAGAACCUUGUUUUGGAGGCUUCUAAAUCUCUCACUUUUGGUUUAUCUCUUCACGUAAUCGCUUUCCAUUAUCGUUGUCGCACAGUUCAAGUUUCCUGCUUUCAAGCUUUGUCGUGAAUUUCUCAAUUUGAUUCCUCUUUAUCUGUUAUUUUUCUCCUUCUUUUGGCUUGGUAUUUAUAUUUUGGUUUCUUUUGAGGACUGGAAGAAGCUGAAAUCUGGGUUUAUUCGGUGAAGAACUCUGGUGAGUUGAUUGUGGGUUGGCUCAAUUGUUCGUUCUUGGCGAUCAGGGUUUUGUCGGGGGCUAGCCAUUUGUGGGUCUUUUGGAAUCGGGUUGUUUUUGGGAUUUACCCUGUCGUUGGUGUUCAAUUGGGGGUUUUGUCAAGGAUAACACUUCAAAGUCUAGGUUUUUCGGUGAUUUUUCUGGUGCGUGUGCUGCAAAUUGGCUGUUUUUUUUGCAGAUUUUCAUGGUGGGUCAAUGAGAAGCGGGACUUGAACUGAUUCAAUCCUUAGCGUGUUCGUUUGAAAACUGGGUAGUUUUUGUGGAUAUCAGUUGGGGUUUGUUGAUUGUCAAGUGUUCUGUUAAACUUAGAGGUUCUAAUGCGGGAUCUUUUUGGAAAGGAAUUGAAUUGAAUUGUUUUAAGCUGCAUUGGGUUUGCGCUUCCUGAUUUAUUGUUAACAAGUUGGUAUUGGUGCUGUUCUUGGAUUGUGAUUUUGUGGUGGAGAAUUCUGCUUUUGAGGAUAAGAUGAGCUCAAGUAUCAGUCAGGGUAAAGGCAAGCUGCUGGUCCAUAUAGCCGAGAAUGGCCACUCAUUUCAAUUUGAUUGCUAUGAAACAACCCCAGUUGAUUCUGUUAUGCGGUACAUUGAAUCCGUUGCAGGGAUCAACGUUGGUGACCAGCUUGUUCUGUGCUUGGACAUGAGACUUGAGUCACAGCGACCGCUCUCGGCAUAUGGGCUGCCAGCCAAUGAUAAAGAAGUGUUUAUAUUCAACAAAGCAAGGCUGCAAAGCAAUGCACCUCUUCCUCCACUGGAGCAAGUUGAUCUUCCUGAAGUUUUAGAUCCUCCAUCACCAGCCUCCCCUCACAACUCCCAUCCUUUAGAUGAUAGCGCAUUGCCUUCUUAUCUUACACAAUUUAUGUACCAUUACCAUAAGGGGCAUGCAAUUUACAGUCAUAGCAAAUUGAAGUAUGAGCACUGUGAGAGACUUUUGGGGGAGCAAAAGGUGCAAGAGAGAGCAGUGGAGGUUGCAAAGGGUAGUUUGGAGCAUUACUAUAGGAUAAUUAAUCAGAAUUAUUUGGAAUUUAUGAAGCGUUAUGCACAGCAAUAUAGGAUUCAUUCUGACUUUAUGUCAAAUUUUGGGAGGGAUAUAGAGAAAUUGAGGUCUAUGAAGCUUCACCCUGCUUUACAGACUGCAACACGUAGGACCUUAGCAGAUUUUGUGAAGGAAGACAACUUGAGGAAGUCGGUUGAGAAUUGUACCAGCUCCCACAAGCAGUUUGGGAAGAAGGUAUCAGACUUCAAGCACUCAUUUGCUGAGGUGAAACGCAAGGUUGAGGAAUUGUUCUCUUGCAGGCCUUCCUUGGCCAUUAGGAAUUUAGAACUGGCGAUUAAGGAGCAUCAGCAAUUAAUUAAUGAACAGAAGAGUAUAAUGCAGUCUUUAAGGAAAGAUGCAACUACUGUGAAGAGCCUUGUUGAUGAUUGUCUGUCCUGCGAAUCACCAACCUCACUUCGUCCUCAUGAUGCGGUUUCAGCUCUGGGUCCUAUGCAUCAUGGCCAUGAAAAGGAUCACCUACCAAAGAUGCAAGAUUGUGACUAUUCAAUUUCCAAGCUGCUUGAAUUUUGCACGGAUAAGAAAAAUGAAAUGAAUGUCUUUGUACAAAAUUAUGUGCAAAAGAUAACAUAUGUUACUUACAUCAUUAAAGAUAUCAAGCUGCAAUUUCCAGUUUUCAAGGAGGCAAUGGUGCGUCAAGAUGAUCUAUUUACAGACCUAAAGUUGGUCCGAGGAAUUGGUUCUGCGUAUAGGGCCUGUCUUGCAGAAGUUGUGAGAAGAAAAGCUUCCAUGAAGUUUUAUAUGGGCUUGGCUGGACAGUUGGCUGAAAGGCUUGCUGGAAAGAGAGAGGAUGAGAUCAGGAAAAGGGAAGAGUUUCUUAAAGCACAUAGCUUAUACAUACCAAAUGAUAUAUUAGGAUCCAUGGGGUUGUAUGAUACUCCAAGUCAAUGUGAUGUCAAUAUUGCUCCUUUCGAUACUCAUCUACUUGAUAUUGACAUUUCUGACCUCGACCGUUAUGCUCCUGAGCAUUUAUUAGCUCUGCCUGGUAAAAUUGAGAAGCAUGCCUUAAGAAGUUCGUACUCCAUGUCUAAUGACAGUUCUCAAUCAGCUGAGGCUGAAGAUAUUACUUUUGACUCUCUUGAGAAGGAUGACUCUGAGGAGCUUCUGGAGGGCUCUGAGUUAGUCGAAAUAGCGGGAACUAGCAAGAUGGAAGUUGAGAAUGCAAAACUCAAAGCUGAACUUGCUUCUGACAAAGCCCUAAUUUGUUCUUUACGCCUUAAAUUUGAAUAUGAAUCACUUGAUGAUAGCAAAGUGGAUUCCCUAUUGAAGGAUGCAGCAGAGAAGACUACUGUGGCGUUGCAUCAGAAGGACGAGUAUGAGAAACACUUGCAGUCUUUGCUCAAGGCUAAGAAAAUGCAGUGUUUGGCUUAUGAGAAGCGCAUUCAGGAACUGGAGCAGAAAUUAUCUGACCGUUAUUCACACGGACAGAAACUUGUGGACAGCAAGGAUGUCUCUGAAUUUGCUGUUUUGGCAGAGAAUGCUGGCAACAAGCCUAGUAGUGCAGAAGCCCAAAUACCAUACAUAUCUACUUCUGAGCCCAUGGACGAGGUUUCUUGUAUAUCAAAUUCUUUUGACGCAAAGCUUGGGCUUUUGGCUGGGCAACCUGGCAAAGCUCGUGAUGUGGGUGAUGAAAAUAUGAUGGAUUUAUCUGGCAUGCUAAACCCCCUGAUUGAUUCAUCAAUGAUGGAGCAGCAUCGUGAAGAACUGCAAAUCUGUGAUAAAGAAGUAAAAGAUAAGAUGGUGGGACAGUUGGGCAUGUCACUGGCUCACAGUUCCACUGCUGAGAGCAUGCCUCAACCUCCAAAUGUCUUACCUCGGCAAGCUGAUUCAGCUCUGGAUUCUAAAGUCCAUAGUGAUCAUGUAAUAGAGUUGCAAAAUGCACUUUCAGACAAGACCAAUCAACUGAGUGACACUGAAACCAAACUUAAAGCUGCAUUGGAGGAGGUUUUAAUGCUUACAAGGGAGUUGGAAAUGAGUCGGAAACUACUUGAUGAAUCACAGAUGAAUUGUGCUCACCUAGAGAAUUGUUUGCAUGAAGCAAGAGAGGAAGCUCAAACCCAUCUUUGUGCAGCUGAUAGGAGAGCCUCAGACUCUGUUAAUGAAAAUGAAGAUGAUGUUACUGCUGAGUUCCAGAAAUGUAUUCGGGUUCUUGCAGACAAAGUUAAUUUCUUGUCCAGGCAUCGGGAAGAGCUGCUUGACAAGUAUCCGAAGCUUGAAGCGGCAAACGAACAGCUUCGCAAGGAGUUGGAAGAUAAGAAGGAGCUGGUUAAAACUUUGUACACUAAGCAUCAACUUGAGAAGCAGGCGAACAAGGAAAAGAUAUCUUUUGGUCGCUUGGAAGUCCAUGAAAUAGCUGCAUUCGUUCUUAAUGCUGCUGACCAUUACGAGGCAAUCAAUCGCAACUGCUCAAAUUACUACCUGUCUGCCGAGUCUGUGGCUUUGUUUGCAGACCAUCUCCCCAGCCGACCCAGAUAUAUUGUCGGACAAAUUGUACAUAUUGAACGCCAGACCGUGAAGCCACCACAUCCUCCAAGUAGGCAAGAGCGUCGCGGGGCAGAUCAAGUAGAAAACAUGUUCUCUGAGACAAGGAACGAGCAGUUGACCUUAAAUUCAGGAACAACUUUUAACCCAUACGGUCUUCCAGUCGGCUGUGAAUACUUCGUAGUGACAGUAGCCAUGCUACCUGAUACUGCCAUUCAUUCAACGUCUUCCUGAUCCCCUGCUUUUGGCAGAUAGACAUGAUGGAAGAAUCUAAGUGUAUAUACCACAAGCAUUGGAAAAGAAAAAUCCUCUUGUAGAGGGAGUUGAACUUGAUAUUCUUCUUUCUUUUUUUUGUACAGCUGAUGAUGGGAUUGAGUUUAAUCUUCCCUUCUGUAUAUAAAGAUAAUUUCUUUUGUUUAAUAAUGUGAAUAUUUACCUAGCUGUGGCCUAUUAGCUUUAUAUGGGUUGUAGUUGCUGAGUUAUAAAUCAUGAUGGUUCUAAGUUCAGAACUUAGAAGAACCUUGAUGUUAAUA